AUGGUGCGCUUCCGGACACAAAUGAAGCACUUGUUGAUAGUCCUCGCCCUAUUCUACUUCAUAUCCCUAUUGCUCCUCAGUCACUCCAGCAAAAAGCCCUCUCAUCGCCAUCACUCCUCCAAGGCUAGGAUUCUCCCUCGCGACGCAGACGAGUCGUUGGCCAGGUUCAUCCGGAAACUGCCCCUCAAGGACCGGUUUGAAAUCGAACGACGACAUAUCAGCUACAACCUCCGUCUUGGCCAACGCGACGAAUACGACUCGGCAAAGUGUGGCAGCUGGCCUGUGCACUACCUCCGGACUAAACAACAGCAACAGCAGCAGCGGCAUGGCGGUACAGAGCAGCAGGAGUGGCGGUCCAUUGUUCAUUCGUGUGCCAAAGGCGAGAGCUGUGGACAGAUCUCGGAUCGAUUGAUGUCAGCAGCUAGUUUGUUCAUGGUCAGUCUGUUGACAGAUCGGGAGUUCUUUAUCGAUUGGGAGGGAUAUCCUCUGUUCUCUGUCUUCAGGACGCCAUUCUUGAACCUACAGGCGCCUGCAGCAACCUCAGAUGUCAGCACCGAUGCACUGCAACAAAAACAAGAACCAUUAUCACUUUCUCUGUUGAACUGGAAGGCGGAAGAUCUAGAUUUGGUGUUUGGCAUUAGGUCAUUGAGCACAUAUCUCGACACCAAGACAAGGACACGGUCAGGACACCAGACUGCACGCAAGACGCACGACCAAUUGAUCGUCGCGCCUCAGGUCAGGAUCCAAACAAACCGAGGGCUUGUACAGAGGAUCAUGACGGACACGUCCUUCAGCGAGCGACUCGAGAGCAUGGGAUUACAUCAGCACAAUGCAUACGAAUGCAUCCUGUCGUUUCUGUUUCGGCCCACAUGGACGACUCAGGAACUUAUUCACCAAUACCGCGCAGUGUUCAAGACACCCGGCGUGACCACCAUUGGUAUCCACCUUCCCUCGGGGGACGCUGACCUCCAGUUUACGCUGAAGGAGUACGAGCACUCGAUGCCUUGCGCCCAGAACCUUUCGAGGGAGAUCAGGCUCCGGAAUAGGAACCCGGAUGGGCGUGUGCUGUAUAUGAUCUUUACAGACUCGAUCCAUAUGCGGAACAAGAUUCAAAAAGAGUACGGCGACAAGCUCAACCUGAUCUUUCCCCCGGCUCCUCAGCAGCAGCCACAGCUCCGUCUUGAGAAAGGUCUGAAGAAGAGAGCACCAGGAGAACGAGGAGGAGGAGGAGGAGCUUACUCUCCCUUUGACCCUGCUGCGCCCAUCUCUGCACACGACGAGGAUUCGACACUGCUGAGCAGUUACCUCUUCUCGGAGACGGACUACCAGAUCAUCACCUCGUCCAGCUUCAGCAAGUUGGCACUCUUCCGGAAGGGAGCCUCGGGUCGAAGAUCAGCCGUGUUGAUGCCCAACAAGGCCGAGUGGGCACUGUUCCGAGAGAGCCACCGGUCGUCAUCAUCGCGCGUCGGGGACGAGGAAGAAGGAGGAGGAGGAGGAGUCAAUUCGCCCCCGUCAACGGCGUUUCAGGGGAUUCGAUUGCCUGAUUGUUCGAGGAUGAACGAUGCGAUUACACCGUGGGAUGAGAUCGCGUCGUUCGGCACCCUCGGAUAG